CUCUUCGUUAUUUUACAUCUACGGCGAUGGACGAAGCCGUGAAAGUUGUGUGCAGUUUAUUAAUGGAUCUGUGAUAGACUGUUUCACCGUUCACGUAGAGAAACCUGCGAAUGUGUAUUUUUUUCAUUCAUCAUUAUUACACGCAAGUAUUCUCAUAGAAGAGAAGUAUUUCCCGUGACAUAACCUCGAUUUUUUAAAAAAGAUGUCUCACGACCAUAUGGCACACCUAAUGAAUUCGUCGGGUGGGCAGAUGAGCGGUGAUACUCAUGCAUUCCACGGAGAUAUGGAUCAUUCGAAUAUGCACGAAAAUAUGCAUGCUUCUAUGCAGCAUAAUCAUAUGAACCAUGAGAGUAUGGAUCAUACUGGCCAUGCUGUUGAAGCAUGUGCCGAUAUGGGGAUGCAUGGUAUGUCGAUGACUUUUCACGGAGGGUACUGUGAACAUGUAUUGUUCGAAUCCUGGAGAAUCUCGUCGAUCGGAGGGCUCGUUGGCUCGAUGAUCGGUAUAAUGAUCAUGGCUGCACUUUACGAAGGUUUAAAGUAUUAUCGUGAAUAUUUGUUCUGGAAGACUUACAAUGCGCUUCAGUAUCGAAGUGUCACGAUGCCUCCAGAAAAGAACGUCGUGGCUGAAGAUAAUCGAGUCGUACAUAUGGUUGGAGAAGUAAUUCACAAACAACCGCCCACAAUGUUAUCAUGGAUGCAUACAUUUCAAACAUUGUUACACAUUGUGCAAAUUGUGCUGUCAUAUUUCCUUAUGCUGAUCUUUAUGACUUACAAUGUGUGGUUGUGUUUUGCUGUAGUAUUUGGUGCAGCAAUUGGUUACUUCUUAUUUGGAUGGAAAAAAUCUGUUAUCGUAGAUGUUACAGAACAUUGUCAUUAGUUAAUUAUGUGUUUACAAUAUACUGUAUUUUCACGACAAAAAUGUACAUAAGUGUACAUUGCCACGAAGUUCAUAUUGCUCAGAGGAACUUGAAAAUAAUUAAUUACAUAUAGUGAACAUCUGCAGGAAGUAUAAUUAUCCUAAAUUUGUAUUUACAGAAAUAUAUAAAGGAAAAGUUUUUAGUUUAAGUUUAUUCCUAUGCAUAGUUAUUUUAUGCAUACAGAAUGCAACAAUUUAGUUGCUUGUUAAAAAAGAUAGCAUGAUUUAAUCAUUAUUACGUAAAAAAUAUCUAUAAAAUGCAAAUUUGUAUACAAAAAUAUUGGAAGAUUGAACCUUUGAUUUGAACUAUAGCACACUUCAUUUGUAAAUAUUAUUAAGAACUUCAAAAAUG